AUGUCAGUGAAAGGCGUGCGUGUAUUAGAUUUGAUUCGCGACAUCUUCUGGACAGCAACCGAUAUAGAAGAACUGAAAUUGGAUCGCCAAACAUUCGUGUUUGAUCUUUGGCAGCCUCCUCUGGACUGUGAGAGCAUGAAAGUUGAGCCUGGAUUCUCACCACUUGAUAUGCUGCGUGACUCAACUAACACAAAACGCAUGCGUGCGUUCACAACUCAGCCAGCUCUGACCAGUGGACAGAGGAAGGAAUCCGUGGCAUUGGCAUCCGACCUGGUGGAGCUGCGAUAUGAAGAAAUGAUGAGUGUGGUUGUCGAGAAGUCCGACUUCGAGAAUCAAGGACGGGCUCGUCAUGUAGCUUUGGAAAAUAAGCCUCAAUUUGUAAAUGUUCUCGACAAGUCGACAAACUCAAUACUUUUGUUCGCGUAG